AUGGUCAACGUACCCAAGACCCGCAAGACCUACUGCGCUGGCCGCUCUUGCGGCAAGCACACCCUUCACAAGGUCACCCAGUACAAGGCCGGCAAGGCUUCGGCUUUCGCUCAGGGAAAGCGCCGUUACGACCGCAAGCAGUCCGGUUACGGUGGUCAGACCAAGCCCGUCUUCCACAAGAAGGCGAAGACCACCAAGAAGGUCGUCCUCAGACUGGAGUGCUCCGUCUGCAAGCAGAAGAAGCAGCUUCCCCUCAAGCGCUGCAAGCACUUCGAGCUCGGUGGUGACAAGAAGACCAAGGGCGCUGCUCUCGUCUUCUAA